AUACUUUACUUGUAAAACAACAGCAAAAUUUCCUCAACAAAGUGCAAGAUCGAAGUCAAACGGUGAUAUGCAAGGUGAUAGGUAUAUAAUUGGAGCUUUCGAUAUCAAUGCCACGAUUCGAGCUUAUCAAGUAUCCGUCAAUCAGGCUCUUAGCUUACAUUAAUAAAUCCAUUCGAAUAGACCAUUAUAAUUGGUCUAUUUCUAUUCUAUAUUGGUUUCAGGCACGUGGUCAUUUGAUUGCCGAUACUGAUCCGUUAGGCAUACAAAAUCCAGAAUCGCGUAAGCUUCAAGGCACUCCUAAUUUACCACCUGCGAUCGUGGUGCGACAACAUUUGAAGGGAAUGACUGAAGCUGAUAUGAAUAGAGAAUUUCCUCUUGCACCAUUUACCGUAAUUGGUGGUCCUAAACGAAGUCUUCCUUUGCGUGAUAUUCUAAUUAGAUUGAACCAAGUUUAUUGCGGGCAUUUGGGUCUUGAAUAUACCUACAUUCAUGAUCUUGUUAUGUUAGAUUGGUUAAGAGAUAAGUUUGAAAUACCUGGCGCUUGGGAUCUUCCAGAGGAUCAUAGAAAAUUUAUUUGGAUGAAUAUUAUGAAGGCAGUAACAUUCGAAGGAUUUUUAGCAAGAAAAUUUCCCACUGAAAAAAGAUUUGGUUUGGAAGGUUGCGAAUCUUUUAUACCGUCAAUGAAUCAGUGCUUGGAAACAUCAGCGGAACAUGGAGUUGAAAGUGUUGUGAUAGGAAUGGCUCAUCGAGGUCGAUUAAACACAUUGAUCAACGUUUGUAUGAAACCAUUACAUCAACUUCUUACACAAUUUCAUUCGAUUGCUUUAGAAGGUUUUGGUUCUGGUGAUGUGAAGUACCAUUUAGGAACACAUGCGGAAAGAAUGUUAGAAAGAAGUAAGAAAAAGAUUCGUGUUGCUAUGAUGGCUAAUCCGUCUCACUUGGAGGCGAUAGAUCCUGUCGUAGUUGGUCGCGUUCGAGCCGAACAAGUAGAAAAGAAUGAUGCCGAAUUUGGCAAAAAAUCAAUGGCUUUUUUGGUUCAUGGUGACGCUGCUUUCUCGGGUCAAGGUAUUGUUUACGAAACGAUGCAUUUGACUAAUUUGCCGAAUUACACGACAGGUGGCGUUAUUCACAUUGUAAUCAACAAUCAAAUUGGUUUCACUACGGAUCCUAGAUAUUCUCGAUCAAGUGCGCAUUGUACAGAUGUAGCGCGUGUUGUAAACGCCCCGAUAUUUCAUAUACAUGCUGAUGAUCCUGAUUUAGUGACCUAUUGUAGUAAAGUUGCCAGCGAAUACAGAGCCGAAUUUCACAAUGAUGUUGUUCUGGACAUCGUGGGAUAUCGAAGAUUCGGACACAAUGAAUUAGAUGAGCCUAUGCUUACGCAACCUUUGAUGUAUAAACGUAUUAAGCAACAUCCGAAUGUGCUUAAUAUUUACAGCGAUAAAUUGUUCAAAGAAGGAGUGAUUACUGAAGCAUUUGCCAAAGAAGAAAUUGAAAAAUAUUGGAACUAUUGCGAAACAGAAUUCGAAAAGGCAAAAACAAUAGAUUCGAUGCAAUUGGGUGAUUGGCAUGAUAUACCUUGGAACGAUUUCUUUGCUACUCAAAGUCCCAAAAAUAAAAUUCCAUCGACUGGUAUCGACAUAGAAACUAUAAAGACAAUUUGUAAAGCGAUAUCAACUCCUCCUAAUGACAUUGAAUCCCAUACUCAGGUAUUAAGAGUAAUGGAAAAAAGAGCGCAAUUGAGUAAAUCUCGUCAGGUAGAUUGGGCUAUGGGUGAAUGCUUAGCAUUUAGUAGUUUAUUAAAAGAAGGUUGCCCCGUGAGAUUAUCCGGUGAAGAUGUUGAGCGAGGCACCUUUUCUCAUCGCACACAUGUUAUUCACGAUCAGAGUAGAGAUAAAACGUAUAAAAAUAUUUUGCAUGAUAUAUUUCCGGGACAAGCAAUGUAUACUGUCACUAAUUCUUCAUUAUCGGAAUAUGGCGUUUGCGGAUUCGAGUUGGGUUAUUCGACAUAUAACCAUAACACAUUAACAAUUUGGGAAGCCCAGUUUGGUGAUUUUGCGAAUACUUGUCAGGUCACUUUAGAUACUAUUUUGUGUUCCGGACAAACGAAAUGGGGUAGACAGGUAGGAUUAGUUCUUCUUUUGCCCCACGGAUUAGAAGGACAGGGACCUGAACAUUCUUCCGCAAAAAUUGAACGAUAUCUCGAGCUUUGUGACGAUGAUUUCUCUUAUCUUCCGAUGGCCGAACCAGGAGAAACUAUAGAUCAAAUUAUGACACGGCAAUUGUUCGAAAUAAAUUGGAUUAUUUGCAAUUUAACGACGCCUGCAAAUUUCUUUCAUGUCCUUCGUCGUCAAAUUCAUAUGCCUUUUCGGAAACCAUUAGUUAGUGAACAUUUUAUUAUAUCUACUUUCUUUUUAUUGUUAAAGGUAAAACCAGGUAUAACUAUUUAUCUAUCCAACCAGUGUGUAAUGACACCCAAAUCUUUGCUUCGUCAUCCUAUGGCUCUUUCGCCUUUCGCUGAUAUGGAGUCUGGCACUUCAUUUAAACCUAUUCUCUCUGAUCCAUUUGUCAAACCAGGAAAUAUACAAAAAGUAUUGAUGUGUAGUGGAAAAGUAUUUUAUGAUUUAGUGACCGAACGUCAGGGGAAACAAUUGGUAGAUAAAAUAGCGAUUAUUCGCAUCGAACAACUUUGUCCAUUUCCGUAUCAUUUAUUAGCUGAAGAAAUGAAAAAAUAUCCGAAUGCUAAACUUAUGUGGUUACAAGAAGAACAUAAAAAUCAAGGCCCGUAUUUGUACGUGAGAGACAGAAUAGCAUUAGCUUUAGGAAUACGUUUAGAAGAUUUGGCUUAUGGAGGUAGACCACCAUCAUCUUCUCCAGCAACUGGCAGCAAAGUUAUUCACAGAAACGAAUACAACGAUAUGAUAACGAUGGCUUUGAAACUUGAUUGAAUCAGAAUUAAUCGAAUGUCAAAUAAAAGAUACGACAUUCGUAGAGAUAUAUAAAAAAUAAAACAGGAAGUGUAAGAUAUUCAGAUAAAAAUCCGAAUGAGUGAGUAAACUAUGAACAAAUGAAAUAAAAAUGAAUACACGAUAUUUAAUUAUACAAUGAAUUUUUCUUUGAAUUUUAUUUUUGAUCGUAUAACUCGAAUACUCCAAAUAUCAAGUAUCACCGAACGAAUAUUAAUUCACACUUACCAAAAAACAUAAAUAUCUGUAGGAUUUUUUUUUGUAAUAUGAAGAAAUCCGUUCGUCAAAGUAAUUCCACAUUAUAAUUCUC